UGAGGUCCUUCUGAGUACACGUGGCACAAAGCGGUCCAGGGCUCUUUGCGAGAGGGGCCAUCUCAGCAGAGGAGGAUUGUGGGACGGUGGCGGCCUAGUCUGCAGAGACAGACGGGGGCGAGGAAGAGUUUCUGAGGCGAAAACAGAAAAACCAGCGAGAAUAAAUAAACCCCGAACCAGCGUCCCACCUGUGAGCCAUGGGGCAGGAGGAUCUGAUGAGCACGGCGGAGGACGUGGCGGACCAGUUCCUCAGAGUGACGAAGCAGUACCUGCCUCACCUGGCCCGCCUGUGUCUAAUCAGCACCUUUCUGGAGGAUGGCAUCCGCAUGUGGUUCCAGUGGAACGAACAGAGGGACUACAUUGAGGCCACCUGGAGCUGCGGCUAUUUCCUGGCCACGUGCUUUGUGCUGCUUAACCUUCUAGGACAGCUAGGCGGCUGUGUCCUUGUUCUCAGUAGAAAUUUCGUGCAGUAUGCUUGCUUUGGGUUAUUUGGCAUUAUUGCGCUACAGACUGUCGCCUACAGUAUCCUGUGGGACCUAAAGUUCUUGAUGAGAAACCUGGCCCUGGGCGGUGGUCUGCUGCUGCUUCUGGCUGAGUCGCGUUCGGAAGGGAAGAGCAUGUUCGCAGGCGUGCCGUCGAUGGGGGAGAGCUCCCCUAAACAGUACAUGCAGCUGGGGGGCCGCGUCCUGCUGGUGCUCAUGUUCAUGACCCUGCUGCACUUCGACUCCAGCUUCUUCUCGAUCCUCCAGAACAUGGUGGGUACAGCCCUCAUCAUCCUAGUGGCCAUCGGCUUCAAGACCAAGCUGGCCGCGCUCACCUUGGUGGUGUGGCUCAUGGCCAUCAACGUCUACUUCAACGCCUUCUGGACGGUGCCUGCCUACAAGCCCAUGCACGACUUCCUCAAGUACGACUUCUUCCAGACCACGUCGGUCGUCGGGGGCUUGCUGCUAGUGGUCGCUUUGGGUCCGGGGGGCGUUUCCAUGGACGAGAAGAAGAAAGAGUGGUGAGGAGACCACCAGGGUCGUCCCCCCACUUCACACACAAAAAACCUAAAUCCACUGCCCAGGACACAAGGACCCCCCCAAUCUUUUCACUACGACAUCCCAGUGCAACAAUUCAGAGCCAACUUGAUCCUCUUCCUCUGCCUUUUUUUGUUUUUUGGAUCAUUUCUCCCAUUUUGUUUAGUUUUUAUAAGAUAUGAGUGGCAAAUCUUGAGUUUUUAUAUCUGCCCCGAACACAGCCUGAAUAAGGAACUGUCCAUGAGUUAACGGUUGGUAUAACCCCCCCCCGGCCACGUCCCACCAAUCUCCAAAUUUAUUUGCCUUUCUCUUUCUGCAGAUCUCUGACAACUAUGCCAUCUUCCACCUUAAAGAGUUCCCGUCGGGAUGCCGGGUUAACGUGCGUCGUUAAGGGUUUUUGGUUUUAAGACGUUUGGAGAAAUAGCUGUGAAUGUGUUCAUAUAGAUUCUGUGAAUUGACGGUAAUUUAGUGCUUUGAUCGAGGAUGAAAGGCGAGCGGUUUACAAGUGUGACUUGAUGGGCGGACUGACUUCAGCCGCUCCUGUAAGUGAUGGAUGGUGAUGCGUUUUCUUAUAGUUUCCUUUGUCCCUUCCACCCUCAUAUCAAAGCAGUGGCCCUGGUGAUUCAGGGUGCGCAGGGUCUUCCUGUGAAUAAUACUGUUCGUGGUUCAAAUGGGGGACGUUAAAUGUAUAAACUGCCAUCCAAAAAAAGAAAAGCUGAAGCUAAACCCUUCGCUUCCGUUCCGCGUCGGAGCCCUGUAGUGGACUGUGUGCUGUACGCGUCUAGGGGUCUGACCCUUACUAGUCGUUUAUCUCGGAACAAGGCAGUAGACAGGCUUACCGUUUGAGAGAAAUCGCCAUAUUUUACAGCUCUAGCGGGUAGAAUGGAUCGGAAAAGGUCUGUUCUCGCACCUGUAUGUCGUCUUGCUCUGUGUUUUUGCUGUCGAUGGAAAAAUAAUAACUCAUUAUAUUGAUUUA